AUGGAGCAGGAGCACCAGCACCAGCACCAGCCGCCGGCAGCCGGCGACGACGUCGUGGUCCAGCUCAGCGCCUCGGCCGUCGCCGCCGUCGACGAGCGGAGCUCCACCGCCACCGGCAACGAAGACGACGACGACGACGCCAAUGCCGCCGGCAAGUCGCGCCGCACCUUCAGCCAGUCCUACAAGAUGGCGCACCGCAAGCCCCAGGAGUUUACGUGGUUCCAGGCGCUGGGGCUGGCGUACCAGUCGCUGGGGAUCGUGUACGGCGACCUCGGGACGUCGCCGCUCUACGUGUUCUCGACGGUGAAGCUGGAGGACCCCUCCAAGGACGACUUCCUCGGCCUUCUCAGCCUCAUCCUCUGGACGCUCGUCUCGAUCGCCUUCGUCAAGUACACCUUCAUCGUGCUCCAUGCAGACGACCAUGGAGAAGGUGUUAUUAUUACGUACUUAAUCCUCUUACUGUGUGAAGGUGGUACCUUUGCCCUGUACUCGCUCUUGCGUCAACAUGUGAAUUUCAAGGGAAACAUGCCAGUGCCAGUCACACAGUUGGAAUCUGAUGUCAAUCUGAAGUACCACAGUAAGAAGAGCAAGUUGCCAUCUAAGAUGCUGGAGUUCUUGGAAAGAAGCACGGCAGCCCAGGUAAUCAUCACCGGCAUCGUUUUGUGUGCGACAUCCAUGGUGAUGGGUGAUGGUGCCCUCACUCCAGCCAUCUCAGUCCUGUCGGCUGUUCAAGGAAUCCAAUCAAGAUCUUCUAACAUAACACAAGAGCAUGUCGUCAUUCUAUCUGUGAUUAUCUUGAUCAUUCUUUUCUUUUUCGAAAAAUAUGGGACAAGCAAAGUCAGCUUCGCUUUCUCUCCUAUUAUGCUCUUGUGGUUUGCAUCUGUUUCAGUCAUUGGACUAUACAAUAUUAUCAAGUAUUAUCCACCAGUUCUGAAAGCAAUAUCACCACAUUACAUAAUAACUUUCUUCAUGAGGAACAAAAGAGCAGGCUGGGAGCAACUUGGAGCAGUUGUUCUAUGCAUAACAGGUGCUGAAGCUAUGUUUGCUGACUUGGGUCAUUUCAACAAGUCAUCAAUUCAGAUGGCAUUUUCAGCAGUAGUACUUCCAUCAAUGGUCCUUGCAUAUUCUGGCCAGGCGGCAUUUUUGAUCAAGAACCCUUCUAUGCUCAGCACCACAUUUUACAGUAGCACUCCAGAGCCCAUAUUUUGGCCCAUGUUUAUCGUAGCUACUUUGGCUGCUAUUGUUGCAAGCCAGGCAUUAAUAUCAGCCAGUUUCUCCAUCAUUCGACAAUCAAUUGCUUUAGGUUGUUUUCCAAGGGUUACCAUGAAGCAUACCUCGGAGAAGUAUGAAGGCCAAGUUUACUCUCCAGAGAUCAACAUCUUCUUGGCGAUCUUAAGCGUCCUGGUUACUGUUGGCUUUCGAGGGGGGCCAGAGAUUGGGCAAGCCUUUGGGACGGCAGUGAUAUGGGUUAUGCUUUUUACAACAACCCUGAUGACAAUUGUCAUGGUUAUAGUCUGGCAAACUGACAUUCUAGUAGUUUGUCUAUUUUUCACGGUCUUCUUUUCCAUAGAAGGCAUUUACAUGACCUCCCUCCUAAACAAGAUCAUACAAGGUGGAUGGUUUCCAUUUGCAAUUGCUAUAUUCUUCCUUACAAUUACACUUUCUUGGACAUAUGGAAGAAAGAAGAAGAAUGAAUAUGAAGCAGCCAACUCAAUGGAUACGCCGGAAUUCACUAAAAGAGUAACAGUUAGAAGCCGCGUACCUGGAAUAUGCAUCUUCUGCACAGACUUGAUGAAUGGCAUCCCACCAAUUGUGCGCCAUUAUGUUCAACAUGUGGUUUCCGUCCGUGAAGUGAUGGUGUUUGUUACUGUGAGGAUUCUUCCAGUGAGAUCUGUCCUCCCUGAAGAGCGCUUCCUUGUAGACAAACUAGACCAUGUCGGUGUUUACAGGUGCAUACUCCAAUAUGGCUAUAUGGACAACCACAACAUUGAUGAUGAUAACUUUGUUGUAUUAGUUGUGGCAUCCCUCAAGAAAAUAGCUGAGAACGAUCAUGAGAUUGCACUGCUUGAUUCAGCUUUCACAAAUGAAACAACCUUUGUGCUUGGAAGGACUAUUCUAAAGAUGAGCGCCAAGCAUAAUUGCUUCAAGCGCUUCGUUGUCAAUGAACUUUACAGGUUCCUGCAAAAGAACUUCAGGUCCAACAUGUCCAGUCUGAAGAUAGCUCAUGGUAAAGCCUUACAGGUUGGGAUGCUAUAUGAGAUCUGAGGAAGGCAACUUGCAGGUUGAAAUGGUCCAUUAUAUUUUAGGAAUGCAUUUGCACAGAAUCUGGAUGUGUUUUCAAUAUGUAACAUUAGCAGAAUUGUCAUUUUGAUAUUUUCUAAAAGCUAUCUGGGUCAAACUAUAAACUCUACCCAAGUUUAUGAGUUUCUAUUUA